AAAUUUUGAAAAAGCCAAAACUACAGCGUAAAGUUGCAUGUUUGUAUGUCCAUCACGCACCUAAACCCGUCUCUCUCUCUCUCGCUCUCUCUCUCUAUCUGAAACCUCACCACGCCAUUGAAGGGCUAGAUUCAAGCAAUCUUCAAAUUACAAAACCCUAAAUUCAUCUGAUUAUUUACAGAUAAAGAAACCGAAAUUCCUAACCCUAAUUUAGCAAUGAAUUUAUUCACAAUUUGAAACCCACACACACACACACAUACCUGGUGGAGAGAGAGAGAGAGAGAGAGAGAGAGAGAGUUUUGCGUUUUGGAAAUGCCAAGCGUAGCUGUGAAGCUGUACAGCGUUUUCUUCAAGUUCCUCUUGAAGCACCGGUUGCAGAACCGGAUCCAGUCUCCGCCCGACGAGUCCGACCCGUUCGGAGUUACCUCCCGCCCGGAUGAGACCGUAGCCGCUGCCAACCCUUCCUUCGCUGACGGCGUCGCCACCAAGGACAUCCACAUCGACCCCUUCACUUCCCUUUCCAUACGGAUCUUUCUCCCGGACUCCGCCCUUAAUCCGCCUGAACCCGACUCCAGGCCUCCCAAACCCAAACCUCGCACCGCCAAACGACCCGGACCAGAUCCCGAUCCCGAUCAUCGUCCUUCCGGAUCUCCCAAUUCGCAUUAUUAUCCUUCUCGCCGUAACAGCUAUGGCCCUCCGACCAUUCCUAGCAACCCUAAGGAAGAGCCUAGGUAUUCCUACGGUUCGGCCAAUGACAUGGAGGGGCUGAAUCUAAUGUCGAGCUCCGGCGGCGGCGGAGGGUAUAGAGGGUACUCUCCAUCGCAGGAGAAUCGCCGGAGACUUCCGGUGAUGUUGCAGUUCCACGGCGGCGGGUGGGUGAGCGGGAGUAAUGAGUCGGCGGCCAACGAUUUCUUCUGCCGACGGAUCGCGAAGCUCUGUGAUGUGAUCGUCGUGGCGGUGGGGUACCGGCUUGCACCGGAGAAUCGGUUCCCGGCUGCGUUUGAGGAUGGCCUGAAGGUGUUGAAUUGGUUGGGGAAGCAGGCGAAUUUGGCCGAGUGUAGUAAGUCCAUGGGGAAUGCGCGUGACGCUAGUGGUGUCAUCGAUUUUAAGAAGUCGCAUAUUGUGGACACGUUCGGGGCGUCGAUGGUUGAGCCGUGGUUGGCAGCGCAUGGAGAUCCAUCGAGAUGCGUUCUCCUUGGUGUUAGCUGUGGUGCAAACAUUGCAGAUUACGUGGCUCGGAAAGCUGUAGAGGCAGGCAGGCGUCUGGAUCCUGUCAAAGUGGUGGCACAGGUCCUGAUAUACCCAUUCUUCAUUGGAAGUGUCCCCACACAUUCUGAGAUAAAGUUGGCGAAUUCCUACUUCUAUGACAAGGCUAUGUGCAUACUUGCGUGGAAACUGUUCUUACCCGAGGAAGAGUUUAGUCUGGAUCACCCAGCUGCCAACCCCCUAAUCACAGGACGAGGGCCUCCUUUAAAACUCAUGCCUCCAACAUUAACUGUGGUGGCAGAACAUGAUUGGAUGAGAGAUCGGGCAAUUGCUUACUCAGAGGAGCUACGGAAGGUAAAUGUCGAUGCUCCUGUUCUUGAGUACAAGGACGCGGUUCAUGAAUUUGCUACCCUUGACAUGCUUCUCAAGACCCCACAAGCUCAGGCCUGCGCUGAGGAUAUUGCCAUUUGGGUGAAGAAAUACAUUUCUCUUAGAGGUCAUGAAUUCUCUUAUUAAGUAGGAUACAGGAAAAUCUAGACGACAUUGCAGCAGGAUAAUCAUUUUCCUGUUCUUGCUCUGUUAGAAGAUGAACAAGAGAUCAAUACUUGGCUGCCAUCACCUUGGGAUUAUGAUAUAUGCGUAGCUUGUAUCUGGCUCCUUAAUCUGUUGGGUUGUUAUCGGUUUCAUAUUUACUCCUUAUCCCAUCUGUUCUUUUUGUAAUAUAGAUAAAUCGUCUGAGAGUAGGACUUAGUUGAGACUGUGAGAUGGAUUUACCUUUUGUUCAAGUAACUAACGCCGCAUUCGGACGUUCUUGUCAAAUUUUUCCAGUGUAUUAUGAUGUUCUACCGCUCAUCAAUAUAGUUCAAUUCAAGGAA